UUUUUUCACUGAUUUUGUGAUUUCACAUCAUAGACGAUCUAACAUAGAAUUUCUCGAAGUUCAACUUCAAUCAAUUUGUGUAAAGUAAUAAUAGGCGUUGCGUUGUAUUCGGUUGUUAUUCUCAGUUCAGUAUAAGAAUUUCGUUCUUUUCCAUAGUUACAUAUAAUUUUGUGAUAAUUUCAUUUGAACAAUGGCUGACGAAGAAACCAAACCUAAAAAUAUGAUUUCUAUCACUGUGAAAACUCCCAAAGACAAACAUGUCGUAGAAGUUGAAGAAGAUGCAUCGAUAAAAGAUUUCAAAGAAAUCGUAGCUCAGAAGUUUAGCGCCCAACAGGAUCAAGUAUGUUUGAUAUUCGCUGGAAAAAUAAUGAAAGAUCACGAAACCCUCAAGUCGCACAAUGUCAAGAAUGGUCUUACUGUUCAUUUGGUUAUAAAAACCAGUUCACGAGCUACGGAACCCGGAGGACCGGAAAACAAUCAAACUCGGUCGACACCCACAACUACUACUGCAGGAAGUACGAGUUCACCUUUCGGAUUAGGAGCAUUUGGUGGCUUACCCGGUCUGGAGAAUAUGGGGUUAGGCGGUAAUUUUGCAGAAUUACAGCAAAGAAUGCAACAGACUUUAUUAUCGAAUCCGGAUGCUCUACGUCAAGUCAUGGAUAAUCCAAUUGUUCAACAGUUAAUGAAUGAUCCCAAUAAUGUGAGACAGAUGUUAUUAUCUAAUCCUCAAAUGCAAGAUAUUAUUGAACAUCAUCCUGAAAUAAAUCACAUGCUGAAUAACCCAGACUUACUGCGACAAACUAUGGAAAUGGCCAGGAAUCCAUCCAUGUUACAAGAAUUGAUGAGAACUCAAGAUCGAGCGUUAUCGAAUUUGGAAUCCAUUCCAGGCGGAUUCAACGCAUUACAACGAAUGUAUCGUGAAGUGCAAGAACCUCUGCUAAAUGCUGCAUCAGAACAGUUGGGACGAAAUCCGUAUGCAGUAGGAGGAAACGCCGCUGAAGGUACCAAUCCUCAAUUGGGCCAGGAAAACAGAAACCCGUUACCUAAUCCUUGGAAUCCCGGCAGUGAUAAUGCCGCCUCCAAUGCUACGUCCACUGACGGAAGUCAAAAUAGAGCAGGAACUGAAGGAGCCGCAUCUGGUGGCAUGUUUGGGAGCGGGAUGAUGCAAAACCUAAUGCAGCAAGUAAUGAGAAAUCCUCAAACUAUGCAGAAUAUGUUGAAUGCUCCGUAUACUCAAUCGCUGCUCCAAGCUAUGGCUGCUGAUCCUGAAGUUGCAUCGAAUGUUAUCGGUACCAAUCCGUUAUUCGCUUCAAAUCCUGAACUACAAUCGCAAAUGAGAGAGAUGAUGCCGAAUUUCGUCAGACAAAUGCAAAACCCAGAGAUUCAAAGUGUCAUUACCAACCCAAACGCUUUGUCAGCUCUGCAGCAAAUUCAGCAAGGCUUAGAACAAUUGAGAACGUCGGCUCCCGGAUUUGCAAACAGUCUUGGUAUUAACCAGUCAUUGCCACCCAUGUUUACGCAACCUUUCAGCGCUGCUACAACCACUGCUGCAUCAGCAACUGCUACAGAUAGUUCUACAACUACGACAUCAUCAACAGCGCCAACGACCACAAGUACUACUACAACCACCACAGAUAGUCAAAAUCAGAGCGACUCAUUUUCUCAGUUCAUGAGCAGAAUGCUGGCCAAUAUGGGUAGUCAACCAGGCGCCGCAGCCAACACAGCGCCCCCAGAAGAACGCUAUCGAUCGCAGCUAGAGCAGCUGACAGCUAUGGGAUUCUUGAAUAGAGAAGCUAAUUUACAAGCGUUAAUAGCUACCUUUGGCGAUGUAAAUGCUGCAGUUGAAAGGCUCUUAUCUGGCGGAGGUCAGCUAACUCAUAGUUAACAUUCCUUUCUGUAUUGAUUCGUACCAGUAACAUGUUUGACCCUUUUCCUGGAUUUCUUAAAAGUUUUAUAUUUUUUUUCUUUUAUUAGGUAUAACAAUGAUUGUUUCUUGUAGCUUAUUGUUAAAGUAUUUAUUCCCAAAUACGGCGUUUUCUCCUUUUUUUUUGUUCGAUCGAAAUAGUCAUUUUCAUUGAAAUAAAUCUAUAGUGGUAAAACAUUUGCCCGUCUUGUGUAAAAAUGUAUGUAUAUCAGUUCUUUUUCAUCAUUUAUACCUCGAAAAUACAUUGCAAGCUUAUCGAAAUAAACUUUUCAAUGAUGUUUAUGUAUUUAAAAAACUUGGGAUUCGGCUAUUGUGUAUUUUCAUAUUAUUACUAUUGCUAUUUAAAGUCAGUUUGCUCUAUAUAUAUUUACAUAUAUAUUUUUUCAUUGGAUAUAUUUUAUUUAUUAAUUAAAAACUUUUUAAAUGGA